GGCCCGGCCUCCGCAGGCUCCCUGGGGUGAAGCUGCUGCGGGCUCCGGCAGCUGCCUGAGGGCGCUCAUCCCCGGCCCGAGCCUCGAUUUCCUUCCCCGGUCCAGACCUCGUUGCUGUCCGGGGACGCCACUGGAUCUUCUCCUGGAUCCUUUCCCUCCUUAACCUGCUGAUUUUCUUUUUCCUUCUUCCCUAGCUCCGGUCUCCCAGCUCCGCUUUUCCCUCACCUACUCCCGGCCCCCAUAGCCGGCCAUCCUCAGCAUCCCACCUGCCGCCCUCCUGGCUUCUGCCCCUCCUUGACCUCAAAUCCCUUGAUUAACAAGUCCCUGUCAUAACCUUCUCGCCAGACUCUCCUAAACUCAUAUUUCUUCUCUCUUUGCCAUCUCCUGACUCCCAAAUUCCAGCUAACCCUUGACCUCUUGACAUUUGACCCUGACACUCUUGACUCCAGACCUCUGCAUUUCUACGUCCUGCAGCCUGGACUGCUGGAACUGAGGCUUUCCCCUGAUUUUCUGACUCCGUUUCUGAAGCUCAUUUUAACUUUCUUACCCCUGGGCCAGUUCCUGCUACUGCUGUCCCAACAUGGACUUCUUGAUGAGCGGCCUGGCAGCCUGCGGGGCCUGUUUGUUCACCAAUCCCCUGGAGGUGGUGAAGACCAGGAUGCAGCUGCAGGGAGAACUGCAGGCCCCCGGGACCUACCGACGACACUACCGAAACGUCUUCCAUGCCUUCAUCACCAUCGGCAAGGUGGACGGCCUGGCAGCCCUGCAGAAGGGCCUGGCCCCUGCCCUCUUAUACCAGUUCCUGAUGAACGGCAUCCGGCUGGGCACCUAUGGGCUGGCUGAAGCUGGGGGCUGCCUGCACACGGCUGAAGGCACCCUGAGCCCUGUCCGCAGCGCAGCAGCUGGGGCCCUGGCUGGGGUCAUGGGAGCCUACCUGGGGAGCCCCAUCUACAUGGUGAAGACACACCUACAGGCACAGGCAGCCACAGAAAUUGCUGUGGGGCACCAGUAUAACCAUCAGGGCAUGUUUCAGGCGCUAAUCAAGAUUGGCCAGAAACAUGGUCUGGUGGGGUUGUGGCGUGGGGCCCUGGGCGGCCUGCCCCGAGUUAUCGUCGGUUCCUCCACCCAGCUGUGCACCUUCUCGUCCACCAAGGACCUCGUGACCCAGCAGGAGAUAUUUCCACCCCACAGCUGGAAGGUGGCUCUGGUGGCCGCCAUGGUGAGUGGCAUUGUGGUGGUCCUGGCCAUGACACCCUUUGACGUGGUCAGCACAAGGCUCUACAACCAGCCCACAGAUGCUCAGGGCAAGGGCCUCAUGUACCGGGGCUUGCUGGAUGCUCUGCUGCAGACAGCUCGGAUAGAGGGCAUUUGGGGCAUGUACAAGGGUAUAGGUGCCUCCUACUUCCGCCUCGGCCCCCACACCAUCCUCUCCCUCUUCUUCUGGGACCAGCUGCGCACACUCUACUACAUGUAUACCAAAUAACAACAGCCACUCUUCCAACACUCCACCAAGUCGGCACUCCUUGGACUCUUCUGACUCCAUUGUUAUGACCUGGUGACUUCUGACCAGAUGAUCUUUCAUCCGUCAGAGGGGGACCACCAACCCCCACUCCCCAUCUGUUUUCUCAGGGUUGAAUCACUACAAGGGAUCAUUUCCCUCCCUUCCUUGGGUGUCACUUUAAACCUUCCCUACCCGUACCCCUGUGAAUUUCACACCCCUCUCUCAGGGCUGAACCAGUCACUGCAAAGUGUAUUUCCUCCCUUCCUCCACUGCCGGCCUUGGGUCCCUUCUGAUCCCAUGCACAAUUUUAAACUCCACCGUCGGCCUUGGGUCCCUUCUGAUCCCAUGCACAAUUUUAAACUCCACCG